AGAGUACCACUUGCUUCUGCUGCUGCUGCUGCUGCUGCUGCUAUAGUUGUUGUUGUUCUUCUGAUAAGCUGAAGGUGUUCUUGUGUCCGACCGGACGACAAAAUAGAUAAUCGGAGUUUAAUUUUUUGUUGUUCGACGGCUCUAACAAAUUGAUGAAAGGUAAAGGAUUACAGCAUAGCAGAAUAAGUGAAUCUUUCUCUUUUUAAAACCGAAAUGCCUACCAGACUUCACCACAACAGAAAGAAGCGUGGACACGUCUCAGCCGGUCACGGUCGUAUUGGCAAGCACAGAAAGCACCCUGGUGGUCGUGGUCUUGCUGGUGGUCAACACCAUCAUCGUACCAACAUGGAUAAGUACCAUCCUGGUUACUUUGGUAAGGUCGGUAUGCGUCACUUCCACUUGAAGAAGAACCCUAACUGGCGUCCUGUUGUCAACCUCGAUCAAAUCUGGACUCUUGCUGGUGAAGGUGUUCGUGAAAAGUAUAAGAAUACUGAAAAGGUUCCUGUUAUUGAUGUCCUUGAAAAGGGUUACGGUAAGGUUUUGGCUAAGGGUAAGAUCUCUCAACCUGUCAUUGUCCGUACUCGUUUCGUCUCUGCUCUUGCUGAAAAGAAGAUCAAGGCUGCUGGUGGUGUUGUUGAACUCGUUGCUUAAAAUUUUUGAUUUUAAAUGAAUUAAAGGAUUAAGUUUUACACCAUUUGCAUAUCAAAAAAAAAUUUUUUUUUUACCCUUUUUUUUAAUGUAUAAACAUAUAUCUUUUUUUUUUAGAAAAAAAAAAAAGAGGAAGUAUGAGGAACGAGUGAAGGGUUAAAGCUUUUGAGAAUAUCUUUAUUAAACUUUUUCCUAAAAGUAGUAUUGAGUAUGUCUAAAUGUACAUAUUUUUUUUUGUUUUAAUGCACAAUAUAAUAUAUUAAGAUAAUAUGUAUUUUAUUAAUAAAUUUUAUAUAUGAUGGUUGAC